CGGUUGCGCCAGCGUAGCAGUUGGGCAGCAGUGCGAGAGAGGGUGCUGAGAUGCAGACGCGGUCGCGCGCCGCCAAGGAGCUCCUGCUGCCGCCCGAGACGCAGGUGCACAUCCAGAUCAACAUCAUCACGACGCCGUCGUCGCCGACGUACCACUACUACACGCGGUCCCGGGCGACGACGAUCACGUCCCUGCCACCCGCUUCGUCGGCCAAGACACUGCGCCGCCAGCGAAGGAGGUCCGCCGCCAAGAAGAAGGCGCUCAAGACGACUGCUGCGAGUGAGACGAAGGAGGCCUCGCCGGACACGAGCCUCGUGCCCGCGAACAAGCCGGCUGUCAUCGAGCCCGAGCCCAACGCUGACGAGGCCGCCGACCGCCGCAGUCCGCCAUCGCCGCCACCGCGAAAGCGCCGCUGCAUCGACGUGGACGACCUGCUCGGUGACUGGAGUCGUCUGCGUAUCACGACGCGCGAAGACCAGCUCGAAGCGUCGAUGGCAUCAACGUCGCUGACGACGACGACGCCGACGUGGCGCAACCCCUUCGAGCCCGCGCGUCAGCCGUUCGACAGCGAGAUGGCGCAGCUCCUCGAGAGCAUCCACGCAUGCCACAUCUCGCGCCCGCAGGCCUGCUGGGACGACCUCCUCGUGCAAAUGUCGUCGAUCCGGCUUGUGGCGCCGGCCUUCCAGCACGCUGCGCUUGAGUCGACGCUGUCGCGCUUCACGGGGCUCAGCCUCGCCGACUCACGCCACGUCGUGAGUUUGCACGACUACCAGUAUUUACACGCCAAGCUCAAUACGCUGGCACUCUAACGCUCUCCUAAUCUACUUUCGGCAUAGAAAGACAAAACACAGCAGAAACACGAUGGGGUUUAGAG